CCACCAAACCACAGCACCAAACUAAAUUUUAUUUUUUGGCCAAUGUGUGAUUAGAUUACGUGCAAUAAAACCGUAAUAAUUUCACCAGCAUAAUAUUAAUAAACUAAAUUGCAUUAAAUAUAUAAAGGUUACAUUUUACGACUGACGAACUAGUUUCAAGCCUGCUCCACGAAUAAUGAUUGGAUUUUAUUUUAUUUAACAAAAAGGGAAUGUAUCACAUACUCAGAAUUAUACUGUACAAGCUGUGGGUUUUAUCAACAUUUACUUUGUUUUCUAGUUUUAUUGUGUUUUGGUUUUAUGGAUUUGUGACAGCUUUCGCCGUUUUCGUUUUGGGAAUAUCAGGUAUUUUGUACAGUGCACAAGAUCUACUACUGUAUUAUCCAAAUGAUCCUCCGGACUCCAGAGUGUUUGUCCUCCAACCAAGCAACUAUAAGCUGCCCUACGAAAGUAUCAAGAUAAAAAACAAAGAUGGCUUCAAAAUUCACAUGUUCCUCAUCAAACAAACAUCCAAUAGUAAUCACAAACCAACAAUGGUGUUUUUUCAUGGAAAUGCUGGUAAUAUGGGUCAAAGAUUAUCAAAUGUAUCAGGGUUUUAUCACAAGUUAAACAUCAAUAUUCUCAUGGUGGAAUACAGAGGAUAUGGACUUUCUGAGGGUGCACCAAAUGAAAGUGGACUGUACAUUGAUGCACAAUCUGCAAUUGACUACAUAAUACAACGGACUGAUAUUGAUCGGACUAAAAUUAUUGUAUUUGGAAGAUCAUUAGGUGGAGCAGUAGCAAUCGAUUUGGUAUCGAGGUUGGAAUACAGGAAUAAAAUUUGGGCAUUAGUCGUUGAGAAUACAUUCACAAGCAUACCAGACAUGGCGCAGAUCAUACUGAAGUGGAGAUGUUUAACAUGGCUGCCUCAAUUUUGUCAUAAAAAUAAGUAUAUGUCCUUGAAGAAAAUUGGUCACAUUUUAACACCCACCCUGGUGAUUUGUGGAUCGAAUGAUGCGCUGGUCCCUCCGGCUAUGGCCCAAGAGUUGUACAUUAGGUGCGGCGCGCUCUGCAAAAAAUUAGUCGUUUUGCCGGGCGGGGGCCACGACGACACGUGGACUUGCAGAGACUAUUACUCUUCUAUCCAACAGUUCUUAGUAAAUGUCCCCGCUUUGCCUGAAGACAUCAUCCCUUUCUUUGACGACGUAUCAAAAAAUCCCACCAGAAGCAGUUUAGUACACACCGUGUAGACUAAUUUAAAACAUAUUAUUAUUGAUUUGGGUUUUUAAGAUAAUAGAAAGGAAAGGUUAAAUUGUCCGUGUGUAGUCUGGUUAUGGUGGCGUGGCUGCUAGGAAUUCUUGCAUGACAUACGUCUGGUCUCUAGUCUCUGAAUUUUAUUUUGCUCUGCUGUGCAUUUGAAGUAAAUAUUAUGAUUGUUUUGUUUUUAAUUAUUGGAAAUGAAAUAAAAAAAUAAAUAGAAUGGUCACUUAGACCAAAAAUACUUGCCCCCAUUUCAUUAGCCGUCUUGCGAAAUUUUUAGUUUUGCUUUUUCAAAUGAUAAUAAUUACAUUUAUUGUAAAACAUUUAUCCACGCCCCAAUUUGUAUAGAGAAAUUAACCUUUCUUUAAUACUAUUACCUUCCUUUAAUAAUAAUAACGUAAAAUUGUUGUUGAAAUAGUGUAAUUUAAAUUCAUAUAGAUAAUAACAUAGAUUCUAAACACAUUUUAGUACAAAAUUGUGAUAGUGUUGUGCGAAUGUCGGAUGAAAAUUGUUUCACGCAAUAAUACUUCGACUAUAAACAAUUUCUGUCGCCGACUAUGAGCAAUUAAUAGAAUAUGAAUUAAUAAUUUUAUUAGCAAUACAUAUUUAAACUUUAAUGAUAGAGUGAGAGACAAUGUAAAUAGAUUAUAGCUUAUUUUACUAAAAAUAUUGUAAUUAUCACCAAACAACAGUAUUAAUGUAUAUUUGAUUCUACAUAGUAGUAAAGGACUGCCUUAUUAAUAUGGUGGUAUAGCCUGAUAGAUAUGUGGAAGUCAAAUUAUGUGUGAUGUGAUGUAGACCUGCUUAACUACUUAUACUUACAUUACAUAUUAUUAUUUUCUCAGUUGGGUGACAAAACUUAUCUAUCAGUCCCUUUGACAUACUGGUCAGGAUAUACACUUGUUUGUUAAAGAAUUUACAUAUUUUUCUAUGCACAACGAGAUUUUUAAUUGCUUUGUUGCACAAUACUAUUUUCAUAAUAAAUAAUAUUUAAUAAGCAAUACUAUGUUUUAACCAAGCUGUCGCGAUAGAUUUGUUGUGAACAUAAAAUAAAUUAACAAUAAUUGUCUUAUUAAUUAUUAAUAUUGCAAAUCCGUCGUUAAAUUCCCUAAAUAUUAGAAGAGUAAAUAUAUAGUUUUUAAUUAAAUUGUCCAAAGUAUACAUAGUGUCAGUCGCGGCAGCUUAGAGCAAUUAUUAUGAAUAUUAAUGUUUUAUAAAUGUUGUAUCAUACGGUAAGCCUAGAGCUAGACACCGCGCUUAUCGAGUUUCGUAUGCGAGAUUAUUUUGUAUGAUAGCAUUGAUAAAGGUGUAUUCUGUUGUUAAUGAGACCGUUGGAAAGGUAAAAUGCAGAGGCAUCGUUUAAGCAAUAUAUUACCAUAGUUUAAUAAUAAUGAGUUUAAUGAGUAUAUUACUCAAAUUACAUCUAACUAUGAUGACAUUAUUGUUUUAUUGAAAUUAUGGGGUUGAUUUAAAGGCUUCGGCAGACCAAACGCGGGGCAGUAGCAACGCAGUUUGAAUGCGGGCCCGCGCAAGUUGUAAUACAAGAAACUCUUUGAAGUGUGUCACACCAAAUUUGAACGCGGGCCCGCGCUCCAACCGCGCCGCACUGCAACUGUCGAACGACAAACCAGGCGGCGCGGGAGCGGGACAGAAGCGGCGCGAGCGCGGGCCCGCGCUGUUGUAUUACUAUGGCGGCCAUAUUAGCAUGACUCACCGGAGGCAGGGCGGUAGCAGUGCAGCGCAGCGCGUUGAAGCAUUGUAUUUUUUUAAAAACACCCGCGUUACAACUGCUUUGAAACUGCUGCUGCCUUCAGUGUGCCUACUGCCGCGCUGCAACUGACCCGCACUGCUUCUGACCCGCGUUUGGUCGUCAAAUAUUGUCUGAAUAGGUAUUUAAAUUCAUAGAUUAAAUGAACAUUAUUAGAUGAUAGAUAAAUAAUCCGCUCCGAUUAAAAUAAGUAGUUUGCUGAUUUUUGUUCGCAACAUGGUAUUGCAAUCCAUGAUCUUAUUCAAUUAAGUACUUUCAUUAUAAAGUCGGCAUAUUAGGACUCGUAUUGUGAAACUGAUUCAACCUAUUUAUUUAGAUAAUUGUCUUUUCAUAAUACGGGUCUUUUUGGGUCCGUGAGUUGCGCUCCCGAUGUGUCUUGCCCACGGGGGAAAAUGAAAAUCUUAAUUGAAAAUCGGGGGUAUAACCCACGGUGAUUACGCCCCCGAUUUUCAAUUAUGUUAUAAUGUUAAUAGCUGGUUUCGUCAAAAUAAAAGUAUUUUCUAGCAGAUACUUAGGUACAGUCCAUCGCACUAAAACUUCGGAGGCGUAACCCACGGCCCCGACUUUUUGUGUGACAAUGAUCGCGGCUUUUGAUGUUCUUAGAAUUUCCAUGUCGUUCAGUAAACUGAUCUAUAAACCUGUCCGAUCCAGAAAUGUCUCUAGUCUGCAAAUAAUACAACUUUUGGUAUAGGAUUUGAAAUCAAAAUCAUAAAAAAAAUACCACAAAGACGGUAAGUUAUUAUUUUUAAAAGCUAAUCCACUGAAUAAAAUUACUAUUUAUUUGGGGAAUAAUAUAUUUUUGUAUAUUGUUACAUUUGUCCCAUAUCCAAAGUUGUAUUUGAGCACCAAAAUCGAAGCGAAUAAAUGAAAAUGAAGUCAUCCCUUGAUUGCAUCGGAGGUUUUACAUUUUUAAUAGGAGUUAGUUAUUUAAAAUAUUACAGCGAAGCAAUACUCUUAAACUGGAACGCUUAAUACAUCGAAUUCCAUAAAUCAUGGUUUAUUUUGGUCUAAUAAAUUAAUUUAGUCUCAUUACAGACCUCCCAAAUGUAUUUUUCAUGAUAGGUAUACUCCCGAAAUAGUAUUCUUACUCCUUUUUUAAUACUAAAAGCCACUUUUGUUAGUUUAUAAAUGUCAAAUUACAGCUUUUACUGAAACUUCUUUGAUUUAAACAUCACGGAACACUAAAAGUAUUUACAAAUAAUAUUUCCCAAGAAAAACAGAUUACGUUACUAAUACCUACUUCAAAAAGUUAAUCAAUGUUACAAAAAGUAAAAACAAUUGACAUAAUUUAUUGUACCUAUUAAUUGUCGCGAGUCAAUAGAUAUAAGUAGGUGUUUGUAUAAAAAUCAUCAGUAUGUGUCAUCAUCACUCUCACAUUCAUCUAUGCUAUGAGAUGCAUAGAAUUACGUGAACUUGAAAAUUUGUAAAUGUUGAUAAACUACCAUAAUAAAUAUAAUGUGUAAAAAAGCGCCAACAUGUAAUUUAUUAUGGGAUAUUAAAUGGAUUUAUUAACGGUUGUUAAAUGAGCUAUAGCACAGAAUAAUAUGUUAUAGAAGAUUUUAUUCAAGUUACAAACAAGUAAUCACAAUAAUGUAUUUCAGGUUAGACAUUAAUGUAAAAUAGUCAUUUGACUUCCCUCUAUUAGAAUACGCACUAAGCUUCUAAACUAUUAUAAUAAUGAGUAUUGCAUACAAUAGAGGCUUGGUGGCUGGUGCGUAUUCUUCUACUGCAUUUUAUUUGCAAUAUUGUUACUAUGAGGUAUUAUGAUUCACUCCAAAAAUAUUUGUAUUUACAAGUAGGAGGUACCUUAUUGCACUUCUCAUUGAAGGAUUAAUCUGGCGUCAUGCAGUUGUCUCAAACUUAAGUUUAUAAAUUGCUUACCUACUUUUCUUAAUCAUUAUUAUUAUAUUUAUUGCGAUUUAGAAACUAUUUAUGUUAUAUUUGCACAAUGUAAUUCUUAUGAUGAUCUAUAUACUUAAUCUUUGUUUACAUUACACUGAAUUAUGACAAUAUAUAAUGACUUUCAAUAUUAUUGACGAUGCUGCGAUAGAAGACGAAGUCCGACUUUUUGCGUAUCAUCAAUGCGUGCCUUUACAGAAACAGACAUCGAACAGUCUUAAUCAGCCGUCGCCUGCAGCCAAUUACAAUCGAUAGUUUAUAAUUCAUAAAAUUAGUUAUCGAUGGCAAUAUAAUUAGACAAAAUAAUAAAAUAAUAAAAAUGAUUCUACUAAAAAAACUUUGUUAGCAAUUAAAGAAAUAUAACUGUUAUUAUUCGGAUUUAAUGUUUUCUUUUGCACGACCUUUUUAAAUUAUUUAAUAGUACCGUAGAAUCAGUUAAGUAUUUUUUUAAAUAAAUAAGUGUAGGUAGGUUUUAUUUAAAUUUUAACUGCAUUCCUUUAUCACUUACUGUAUCUUUGUCACUUUCUGUAGGCACUACUGUAAUACAAGCUGCACAAAUAUCAACCCAUUUAUCUCACUUAAUUAAACUAACUACCACUGAG